CUCUCUUCUCUACCACCAUAUUUACACUCAUCGAUGCUCACCCGGUUAGCUUCCAACUCCUGUAACGGUCUGGCAAGCUUUGAUCUCAUGACCCAGACAACAUGCUCUCCGCCGGACCGCCUGGUAGCCUUCCUCUCACAGCGAAGCUGCUGGCCAUUGAUAGUUUUUACUCAGUGAGGAUAUGCUCCCACACAUCUGUGAUGUGGUAUCCAUCGCGGCCCGCCUCGCGUAAUAUUACAAUAAGAAACCCUAUAAAUUGGCAGUGCGUCCGCGCGUGCUGUCGCCAUUCAAGGCUGCUGCAUCUGCAGAGUCGACGGUGAUCACACAAGAUGUUUACGAUCCUGACGGCAUUACUCUUGCUCGUCGCCAUAGCCUCUGCGUACGAGAAGGUGUGCAGAGUAACGCCACUUGGCGGCGGUCAAGACGAUGGCCCGAAUAUCAAUAGUGUCUUCGCAGAGUGUGCGUCCGAAGCCACGAUCGUCUUGGAUGGCUACUACAGCGUGAACACUCUACUUCUGACCGAGGGCCUCAGUCAUGUGGACAUCUUGCUAAGCGGAACAGUGCAAUACACUCCCGACAUCGCAUAUUGGUCUCCGAAUAGUCUUUACUUGACAUUCCAGAAUGCGACGACAUUCUGGUUCCUCUCAGGUGACGAUAUUCACCUCUACGGAGGAGGAACCAUCGAUGGCAACGGUCAGGUCUGGUACGACACGUUCAACAUUACCGGAGAUUCUGCAACGGCAGGGGCUUCCACGCGGUCAUUUGCGCGCCCCAUACCUCUGACGGUUGGCAACGCCUCGAAUGUUGUCGUUGAGAACAUCACGCAGUGGCAGUCGCCGAACUGGGCAAGUAGUUUCGUGUACCAAAGCACGAACAUCACGUAUCGAAACAUCUAUAUCGAUUCCUUCUCAUACUCCAGCGCGCCAGCUAAGAACACCGAUGGAUGGGACAUCUACCGUUCCUCUCAGGUCACCAUCACUGACUCCACAAUCAAUAACGGUGACGAUUGUGUCUCCCUGAAACCGAACGCUACCGAGAUUAUUGUGACCAACCUGUGGUGCAACGGCUCUCAUGGCAUCUCCAUCGGUAGCCUUGGCCAGUACGCUGGUGAGACCGACAUCGUCGCAAACGUCUUCGUCAAGAACAUCACUAUGCGUUACGCUGAGAAUGGCGCUCGUAUCAAGGUCUUUGGCGGUAGCCCUGACGCGAACAGCACGGCUGGUGGAGGUACGGGCUACGUCAGGAACGUGACGUUCGAGGACUUCUACGUUUAUGUCGUCGACGACCCGGUCGUUAUUGAUCAGUGCUACGAGACAGACGCUUCUGUCUGCGCUGAAUACCCAAGUCAGCUCUCCAUCUCGGAUAUACACUACUCAAAUGUGACGGGAACAUCGUCUGGAGAUGAAGGGACCGUCGUCGUGGACCUAGAAUGUUCGCAGGAAUGUGAAGACAUCACCGCGAGUGGUAUCGACAUAACGUCGCCGAAGGGGCCGGCUACGUAUGUUUGCCAGAACAUCGCGAGUGAGAACGAGUUGGGCUUCAACUGUACUGCCCCGGCGAGCUAAGGCUGAUGUAUUGCCGUCGGCGUGUAGCACCGUAGCAGCCUCGGCAUGACAAGGAUCGCGGAUCCGGGUUUGAAGUGGUGUCAUGUCCGCGUUGAUUGAUGCGUGUCCUUCCUCACUGCUGCCUAGAAUAAGUGGAGGAGAGUGAUAUGAAACCAGUCAC